CUGGAGACGGAGCUAGCUGUGUGGAUGUGGCAUCUCGCAUAAGCACAGCCUUUGCAGACUAUCUGCUGCGGGGGCUCUCAGGACCGACGCCAAGAUGAUGCUUUCAAGGGCCAAACCCGCUGUGGGCGGGGAGUCACCACACACUGACAAAAGAAAGAAGAAAGGGAGGAAGAUUCCAAAACUAGAGGAUCUACUUUCCCAAAGAGAUUUCACUGGCGCCAUUACCCUAUUGGAGUUCAAACGCCAUGUUGGGGAGCAGGAAGACGACACUAACUUAUGGAUCGGAUACUGUGCUUUCCACCUGGGCGACUACAAGAGAGCUUUGGAGGAAUACGAAAAUGCAACGAAAGAGGAGAACUGCAACCCCGAGGUGUGGGUGAACCUGGCCUGCACCUACUUUUUUCUCGGGAUGUAUAAACAAGCAGAAGCUGCUGGGUUUAAAGCUCCAAAAAGCCGGCUCCAAAACCGCCUGCUGUUCCAUCUGGCUCACAAGUUUAAUGAUGAGAAGAAAUUAAUGAACUUUCAUCAGAAUCUUCAGGAUAUCAAGGAAGACCAGCUUAGUUUGGCCUCAAUCCACUACAUGCGAUCCCAUUACCAAGAAGCUAUUGAUAUAUACAAGCGGAUACUGCUGGACAACAGGGAAUACCUGGCCCUCAAUGUGUAUGUGGCCCUCUGCUACUACAAAUUGGAUUACUAUGAUGUGUCUCAAGAAGUCCUGGCUGUUUACCUGCAGCAAAUUCCUGACAGUACCAUCGCCCUCAACCUUAAGGCCUGCAAUCAUUUUCGCCUUUAUAAUGGCAAAGCAGCUGAGGCAGAGCUCAAAAGCUUGAUGGACAACGCCUCUUCCCCCUUUGAAUUUGCUAAAGAGCUCAUCAGGCACAAUCUGGUUGUGUUCAGAGGAGGCGAAGGGGCUUUGCAGGUUUUACCUCCCCUGGUUGACGUCAUUCCUGAAGCGAGGCUAAACCUAGUGAUUUACUACCUUCGUCAAGAUGAUGUACAGGAAGCCUACAAUCUAAUCAAGGAUCUGGAACCUACUACACCUCAGGAGUAUAUCCUCAAGGGAGUUGUCAAUGCAGCCCUUGGCCAGGAAAUGGGUUCGAGGGAUCAUAUGAAAAUUGCCCAACAGUUUUUCCAGUUGGUAGGAGGAUCAGCUAGUGAAUGUGAUACAAUACCAGGAAGGCAGUGCAUGGCUUCCUGUUUCUUCCUGCUUAAACAAUUUGAUGAUGUCUUGAUUUACCUCAACUCUUUUAAGAGUUACUUCUAUAAUGAUGACAUCUUUAACUUUAAUUAUGCCCAAGCCAAAGCUGCAACAGGCAAUACCAGUGAAGGCGAAGAGGUUUUCCUCUUGAUCCAAAGUGAAAAACUGAAAAAUGAUUACAUUUACCUUAGUUGGUUAGCUCGCUGCUAUAUUAUGAAUAAGAAACCAAGACUAGCUUGGGAACUUUAUCUCAAGAUGGAAACCUCUGGCGAGUCCUUCAGCCUCUUACAGCUCAUUGCCAAUGACUGUUACAAGAUGGGCCAGUUCUACUAUUCAGCCAAAGCUUUUGAUGUCCUAGAAAGACUGGAUCCCAACCCUGAAUACUGGGAAGGCAAGAGGGGUGCCUGUGUGGGCAUUUUCCAGAUGAUUUUAGCUGGCAGAGAACCCAAAGAGACCCUCCGGGAAGUGCUGCACUUACUGAGAAGCACAGGGAACACCCAAGUGGAGUAUAUCAUCAGGAUCAUGAAGAAGUGGGCCAAGGAGAAUAGAGUGCCCAUCUAAGCAGCCACGCCCUAGCCAGGACCAGCUUCCUCCCACAUCAAAUCGGAACUGUGUUCUAGGACCCUGUUUGAUUGACACUUCCUUCCAUGCUCUUAGAGCAUUAGCAUGAGAGGGUGGUAUGUGUGGACUUAGCCAUCAAGCCGCACAGAUCUCCCUGGUCUGCUGACACCCAAUGUAAUCUACUGGUGAAAGUACUGUGGCCUUCCCUGGUGCCUUUCUUCCAGAAUCAUUCCAAAUACUCUUCUGUAAUUUACUGGCUUUUAGGGAUAGAUAAUGGUUUUGUUUUUCUUUCUCGGUUAGCAUUUCAGGACAUUUUAUCCUAGCUGCAGUGACAAGUACCUUUAUACUAAAAAAUUGCUAUCAUUUGAUCAUAUUCCAUCAUCCUGUACAUUAGCCCAUCCAUGACUACAUCUCUGAGUCCUGGGAGAAGUCUUCCUGAGCUGUGUGAUUCUGAUGCUGGCCAUGAGGCACUCAGUAGUAGAUACUCAGCUUAAGGAACAUUAACUCAUCGUUCAGUGAGUAAAGUACUGCUUCUGUAGCUUGUGACAGCAACACAAGCCGAGUGGGUUUUUAAAAAGGCGAGUGAAAGGAAAAACUUGUCAUCUCUGAAAGUAUGUAAGUCUCAGAGUUGGGUUUAGGAAACAAAGUUUCAUAAUAUCUGCUGAAUGAACAGCAAUUUUGAACAUAAGACUUGGAACGUUUUCAUGAAAUAUAUAUACAUGACAAUGUUUGUUAUGAGACAGGGUUUCUCUGUGUAGCCCUGGCUGUCAUGGAACUCACUCUGUAGACCAGGCUAGCCUUGAACUCAGAGAUCCACCUGUCUCUGCCUCCCGAGUGCUGGGAUCAAAGGGGUGCGCCACCGCUGCUCAGCAUAUGUACCUGUCUAUAUUGCACACACACACGAACACAUCAUAGGGAUUUAUUAAUACAAUUAUAAAACAAGGUCCUUUGAAGAGACCUCUUAAUAGCUAACCUCUCCAUCAUAUCUCAGCCUCAUGUCUCUGAGCUGUUAUCAUAUAAACUUCUUUCUUCUACAACAAAGUAUUUCCAGGCUUACAUCUCACUUUCAGAAAACAGACCCACAUCUUUUUGUUUAUCAGAAUACCUGUUUGUAUGCUCUGUAACUUUCUUCUGUAAGUCUGAGGUUCACAAGCUAGAACAUGCAGACCCAUCUUCCUAGAGAAGGGACUGUACAGAGGAGGAGGUGGAGGAAGUUUUAGAAUACCACUAAUUCUUGUUCCUGCCCCAGCCUCCUGCUACAGUUGGCAGUUCUGCACAGAAAGGAGAGGGAAACCUGUACAGAGUAAACCAGCUGAAGUGCUAGGACCAGUGGCUGAGCACAGCCUCCCCUCUGGCCAGUGCCAAGGCCUUCUUCAGCUCUGCUUAGAAGAGGCUAGUGUGUCAUCUUUGACAUCAGGCUCAGAUAUGAUUGGCCCAAAGUACAAAUCACAGUACUAACAGGACUACCAGGACUGCAGGAAACAAUGCUGCACCAUUUCCUUAUGCCAGAGCUUCGUGUCGUCUUGUUCUGGUGUUCCCACUUUUUCAAUAGCACCUGGUUCUCUUUGUCAAAGUACCAGGUGGAUCAAAUACAACCAAACCUGCUAUAGUUCUGUGAAUCAUUCUUAUGAAACAAUUUUGCUUUAAAUACUUGGAAGCAACAGGGUGGGAAGGCAGAUCCACCCUUGAGAGCUGUUGAUAUCUUCCAGUGAAGCACUGUUCAGCUCCAGCUCCUCAUUCCUGGAAGGCACUCAGUCACAGGGCUGUACUUCCCAGGGAGACAUUUUGAGUUUACUACUUAGUAGUCUCUAUAACAUUUCCCUUGAGAGAAGGAUGUGUGUUCCCAAUGGCAGAAGUUUAGAUUACUCUUUAAAGUUUUUAAUCUACAGGAUUGAGAGAAACAUGAAGGCUAAUUAAAGCGAAACACAUGCAAUUCUGUUAGGAGGGAUAAUUGUUUCUUAUUGUCUUGACAGGGUGUCAAGGUUCAUAGGUGUUCUCUCACAGAUGACAGCCCAGAGAGAAGGGCCCCAGGCUGGGAAUGUGUAAUUUAUAUAGUCUAUCGUAUCAAUGUACUAUUUUAAAAAAUCUGUAGCAUAAAGUUACAAAUGGAAACACACUUUUACAAUUAUUUUUGUACUACAAAAGAAUUAUAUACCACUGUACUUUAUUUAAAUUAAAAUUUAUUUUUUGGUUCUUUU